AUGUAAAGUUUACUUAAAAAAUUACCUUUGAUCAUUUUAAGUAAAGAUCUUAUUAAACCAAAGUUGUCAAAAGCUUGGAUAUUUUUGGCCAAUCCAUAACUUUAAAUAUAAAUAAGCAAAAAGCAUAUACAACUGUUUUCGGUGGUAUAUCAUCUAUUUGCCUCAUCUUCAUUUUGGUAACAAUAUUUCAAUCCAAUAUUGUAAACUUUUUUUAAAAAUCUGAUGUCAUUUUCUAUUCAAAGACUGAAUUCGAUCCAAACCCUGAUAAAAUUACAAUGAAUAUAUAAAAUUAUAUGGCUGCAUUUUCAAUAGAACAAAAAAAUUAUGUAGGGAAUCCAAUGUUUAAUAUUACAAUAGAAUAAAGGUAAUUAAACAUAUAUAUAUAUUAAUUUUAGACAUUAUUAUCGAGAUAAACAUGGUAAUUAAAUAAAAUAAAUUAAUUAUUUAUAAUUGGAACCAUGUACAUUAGAUCAUUUUUAAUUUCUCUUAAAUUAACCUGAAUCUGACUUUGAAUCUGAAUAUUAAUAGCUUGAAUUAGAUAAAUGGCUUUGUCCAUAGUAAUUAAUUAAUUAUUUUAUUAUUUAGAAAAGAUUUUUAAUUUAGUAUAUAAGGAACUUACACUAGCAGCCAAUUUGAUUUUAUUAGAGUUAUUGUUAAUGAUUGUGAUGAUUCUAAAAAUGGCUAUUUAAAUUGGAAACCUACUUGUGCUAAAUAAUCUGAAAUUAAUGAGCAUUUAAAUAGAGAAGGAUAAUUUAAAUUGUAAAUUUAUUAAGUCAAUAAUGUUAUCAAUCCAAAAGCUCCUGAAUAAUAUUAUUAAUCAUAUCUUGAUGGAGAAAUGUAUUUUACUUUUGUUCCUAAAAAAUUGUCAAGGCAAACAAAUUUGUAUUAUCGAAAAUAUGAUUUUUAAAAUGAUGACUCAUUAAUUCCAUUUUUUAAGUAUAUUUAGUACAUAUAGUUUAGAUCUAUUAAUGAUAAAGAAUUAAUUGUUAGAUAAAGUGUAGAUUAUAGAGAUUUAACAGAGAUUGGAAGAGAUACUGAUGAAAAUUAUGCUAUUGCUUAUCUAAGAAGAAGUCAAUUCUCAGAAUUUAUAAAUAGAAGAUAUAUUAAAAUUGAUGAAUUAUUAUCAUUUCUUGGAGGAUUUUUAUAAAUUAUGAUUACAGGUUUCGGAAUAUUUAUUAUGUAUUAUAAUAAAUUAUCAUGUAAACUAUUUUAAUAAUCAUUUAGUAUAAAUUGAAUUAUCCAAUAAAUUGUAUAACUUCUCUUAAAGAUUCAACAAAAAAUUUUCAUUCAGAUAAACUGAUAAAUAAACUGUUAAUGCAUUAAAAUUAAAUGAAUCAAAGGUUGCUAUCUAACCGGAUCAAACAGUAAAAAAAGACGAUACAUUAAUAAAUGAUAAAGAUUAAAUAGUUAUUACGCAAUAAAUUUUAAAUCUAUUUGAGAAGUCUACAAAAUUAAAGUUAACAUUAAAAUAAUUGAUAAAUUAUAUUUCAUUCGGAUUUUUAUUUGAUAAUAAAGAAUCCAAACUUUUUAAAAAAGCAAUGUAAUUAUUAAUAACAAUCUGCUAGGGUUAGGGUUGAUCAAAGUUUAGAUAUUUAAGAAAUAUUAUAUUAAUUGCAAGAAAUAAAUAAGCUAAAAGCCUUAAUUCUUAAUAAAAAUUAGAUUAUAUUAUUUAAUUUUACUCAAAAACCAAAUUUGACUUUGGAGGAUGAAGAAUAACUUCCAAGUAGACUUUAAAUUGAAUAAUAUUUAACAGAAAAUGACAAGGAAGGAAUUCAAAAAGAAUUAAUUAUAUAAGAUCUAUUUAAUGUAACUCAUAAAUUUAAUUAUAAAAAGGCAUGGAGAGAAAUAAAAUAUGAUGAAAAUGAAAAUAUGUGUAAAUAAUAAUUAAAUUAGAAACUCAAUCAAGAAUUAGGAAUUGAGAUUUAAUAAGUUUUUUCUGAUUAUGUAAAAGCUGAAAACAAUCAAAAUAAAUAAAAGGAAAGUUCUAAAGAGAAUAUUAUUGAGCAGAAUCAUAUAAAUUAAUUUUAGAAUUAAUGA